AUGAGUGUUCGUGAAAAAAUAGACAUGAAAAUGUUUUCAAUGAAAACUCCACUCUGUGAUUCCACUUGGAAUCGCUGCCACGACUUGGAGAAACGAAUCUUCAACAAAAUGUCUUUCUCUUGUAAGAAAGUCAAUUGCACACAAACUUUCGACACAAAAAUGCGACUUAAUAAACAUAAUCACGAUGAUCAUACUUCACAAGUAACAGUUUACAUUCAAAAUUCCUCAUACGCUAUCAAUAAAACUGCGAAUGGUUUUAUUUGUCCAAGAUGCAAUAGUAAUUCAAAGUCAACUUCAAUCUUUAAGGCACAUAAUACAAUGGCACAAUAG